GUGUGCCUGCCAUCAGAGGAGUCUGUCUGUCUGCCUGCCUGCCAUCAGAGGAGUCUGUCUGUCUGUCUGCCUGCCAUCAGAGGAGUCUGCCUGCCUGCCUUCCUGCCUGCCUGCCUGCCAUCAGAGGAGUCUGCCUGCCUGCCUUCCUGCCUGCCUGCCUGCCUGCCUGCCUGCCUGCCUGCCUGCCAUCAGAGGAGUCUGCCUGCCUGCCUGCCUGCCAUCAGAGGAGUCUGCCUGCCUGCCUGCCUGCCUUCCUGCCUGCCUGCCUGCCUGCCUGCCUGCCUGCCUGCCUGCCUGCCUGCCUGCCUGCCUGCCUGCCUGCCUGCCUGCCUGCCUGCCUGCCUGCCUGCCUGCCUGCCAUCAGAGGAGUCUGUCUGCCUGCCUGCCAUCAGAGGAGUCUGUCUGCCUGCCUGCCAUCAGAGGUGUCUGCCUGCCUGCCUGCCAUCAGAGGAGUCUGCCUGCCUGCCAUCAGAGGAGUCUGCCUGCCUGCCAUCAGAGGAGUCUGUCUGCCUGCCUGCCAUCAGAGGAGUCUGCCUGCCUGCCAUCAGAGGAGUCUGCCUGCCUGCCUGCCAUCAGAGGAGUCUGCCUGCCUGCCAUCAGAGGAGUCUGCCUGCCUGCCUGCCAUCAGAGGAGUCUGCCUGCCUGCCUGCCAUCAGAGGAGUCUGUCUGCCUGCCUGCCAUCAGAGGAGUCUGCAUGCCUGCCAUCAGAGGAGUCUGCCUGCCUACCUGCCUGCCUGCCUGCCUGCCUGCCUGCCUGCCUGCCUGCCUGCCUGCCUGCCUGCCUGCCUGCCUGCCUGCCAUCAGAGGAGUCUGUCUGCCUGCCUGCCAUCAGAGGAGUCUGUCUGCCUGCCAGCCAUCAGAGGAGUCUGUCUGCCUGCCUGCCAUCAGAGGUGUCUGCCUGCCUGCCUGCCAUCAGAGGAGUCUGCCUGCCUGCCAUCAGAGGAGUCUGCCUGCCUGCCAUCAGAGGAGUCUGCCUGCCUGCCAUCAGAGGAGUCUGUCUGCCUGCCUGCCAUCAGAGGAGUCUGCCUGCCUGCCAUCAGAGGAGUCUGUAUGCCUGCCUGCCAUCAGAGGAGUCUGUCUGCCUGCCUGCCAUCAGAGGAGUCUGUCUGUCUGCCUGCCUGCCAUCAGAGGAGUCUGCCUGCCUGCCUUCCUGCCUGCCUGCCUGCCAUCAGAGGAGUCUGCCUGCCUGCCUUCCUGCCUGCCUGCCUGCCUGCCUGCCUGCCUGCCUGCCAUCAGAGGAGUCUGCCUGCCUGCCUGCCUGCCAUCAGAGGAGUCUGCCUGCCUGCCUGCCUGCCUUCCUGCCUGCCUGCCUGCCUGCCUGCCUGCCUGCCUGCCUGCCUGCCUGCCUGCCUGCCUGCCUGCCUGCCAUCAGAGGAGUCUGUCUGCCUGCCUGCCAUCAGAGGAGUCUGUCUGCCUGCCUGCCAUCAGAGGUGUCUGCCUGCCUGCCUGCCAUCAGAGGAGUCUGCCUGCCUGCCAUCAGAGGAGUCUGCCUGCCUGCCAUCAGAGGAGUCUGUCUGCCUGCCUGCCAUCAGAGGAGUCUGCCUGCCUGCCAUCAGAGGAGUCUGCCUGCCUGCCUGCCAUCAGAGGAGUCUGCCUGCCUGCCAUCAGAGGAGUCUGCCUGCCUGCCUGCCAUCAGAGGAGUCUGCCUGCCUGCCUGCCAUCAGAGGAGUCUGUCUGCCUGCCUGCCAUCAGAGGAGUCUGCAUGCCUGCCAUCAGAGGAGUCUGCCUGCCUACCUGCCUGCCUGCCUGCCUGCCUGCCUGCCUGCCUGCCUGCCUGCCUGCCUGCCUGCCUGCCUGCCUGCCUGCCUGCCAUCAGAGGAGUCUGUCUGCCUGCCUGCCAUCAGAGGAGUCUGUCUGCCUGCCAGCCAUCAGAGGAGUCUGUCUGCCUGCCUGCCAUCAGAGGUGUCUGCCUGCCUGCCUGCCAUCAGAGGAGUCUGCCUGCCUGCCAUCAGAGGAGUCUGCCUGCCUGCCAUCAGAGGAGUCUGCCUGCCUGCCAUCAGAGGAGUCUGUCUGCCUGCCUGCCAUCAGAGGAGUCUGCCUGCCUGCCAUCAGAGGAGUCUGUAUGCCUGCCUGCCAUCAGAGGAGUCUGCCUGCCUGCCUGCCAUCAGAGGUGUCUGCCUGUCUGCCAACCAUCAGAGGAGUCUGCCUGCCUGCCUGCCAUCAGAGGAGUCUGUCUGCCUGCCUGCCAUCAGAGGAGUCUGUCUGCCUGCCAUCAGAGGAGUCUGUCUGCCUGCCUGCCAUCAGAGGAGUCUGCCUGCCUGCCUGCCAUCAGAGGAGUCUGCCUGCCUGCCUGCCAUCAGAGGGUCUGCCUGCCUGCCAUCAGAGGAGUCUGCCUGCCUGCCUGCCUGCCUGCCUGCCUGCCUGCCUGCCUGCCUGCCUGCCUGCCUGCCUGCCUGCCUGCCUGCCAUCAGAGGAGUCUGCCUGCCUGCCAUCAGAGGAGUCUGCAUGUCUGCCUGCCAUCAGAGGAGUCUGCCUGCCUGCCAUCAGAGGAGUCUGCCUGCCUGCCUGCCAUCAGAGGAGUCUGUUUCCCUGCCUGCCAUCAGAGGAGUCUGUCUGCCUGCCUGCCAUCAGAGGAGUCCGCCUGCCUGCCUGCCUGCCUGCCUGCCUGCCUGCCUGCCUGCAUGUCUGCCUGCCUGCCUGCCUGCCAUCAGAGGAGUCUGCCUGCCUGCCAUCAGAGGAGUCUGCAUGUCUGCCUGCCUGCCAUCAGAGGAGUCUGCCUGCCUGCCAUCAGAGGAGUCUGUCUGCCUGCCAUCAGAGGAGUCUGCCUGCCUGCCUGCCAUCAGAGGAGUCUGGCUGCCUGCCUGCCAUCAGAGGAGUCUGCCUGCCUGCCAUCAGAGGAGUCUGCCUGCCUGCCUGCCAUCAGAGGAGUCUGCCUGCCUGCCAUCAGAGGAGUCUGUCUGCCUGCCAUCAGAGGAGUCUGCCUGCCUGCCAUCAGAUGAGUCUGCCUGCCUGCCUGCCAUCAGAGGAGUCUGCAUGUCUGCCUGCCAUCAGAGGAGUCUGUCUGCCUGCCAUCAGAGGAGUCUGUCUGCCUGCCAUCAGAGGAGUCUGCCUGCCUGCCAUCAGAUGAGUCUGCCUGCCUGCCUGCCAUCAGAGGAGUCUGCAUGUCUGCCUGCCAUCAGAGGAGUCUGUCUGCCUGCCAUCAGAGGAGUCUGCCUGCCUGCCUGCCAUCAGAGGAGUCUGUCUGCCUGCCAUCAGAGGAGUCUGCCUGCCUGCCAUCAGAGGAGUCUGUCUGCCUGCCUGCCUGCCAUCAGAGGAGUCUGCCUGCCUGCCUGCCAUUAGAGGAGUCUGCCUGCCUGCCUGCCUGCCUGCCAUCAGAGGAGUCUGCCUGCCUGCCUGCCUGCCUGCCAUCAGAGGAGUCUGCCUGCCUGCCUGCCAUUAGAGGAGUCUGCCUGCCUGCCUGCCAUCAGAGGAGUCUGCCUGCCUGCCUGCCAUCAGAGGAGUCUGCCUGCCUGCCUGCCAUUAGAGGAGUCUGCCUGCCUGCCUGCCAUCAGAGGAGUCUGCCUGCCUGCCAUCAGAGGAGUCUGCCUGCCUGCCAUUAGAGGAGUCUGCCUGCCUGCCAUUAGAGGAGUCUGCCUGCCUGCCUGCCAUCAGAGGAGUCUGUCUGCCUGCCAUCAGAGGAGUCUGCCUGCCUGCCAUCAGAGGAGUCUGCCUGCCUGCCUGCCUGCCAUUAGAGGAGUCUGUCUGCCUGCCUGCCUGCCAUUAGAGGAGUCUGCCUGCCUGCCAUUAGAGGAGUCUGCCUGCCUGCCUGCCAUCAGAGGAGUCUGCCUGCCUGCCUGCCAUCAGAGGAGUCUGCCUGCCUGCCAUCAGAGGAGUCUGCCUGCCUGCCAUUAGAGGAGUCUGCCUGCCUGCCUGCCAUCAGAGGAGUCUGCCUGCCUGCCUGCCAUCAGAGGAGUCUGCCUGCCUGCCAUUAGAGGAGUCUGCCUGCCUGCCUGCCAUUAGAGGAGUCUGCCUGCCUGCCAUUAGAGGAGUCUGCCUGCCUGCCUGCCAUCAGAGGAGUCUGCCUGCCUGCCUGCCAUCAGAGGAGUCUGCCUGCCUGCCUGCCAUUAGAGGAGUCUGCCUGCCUGCCUGCCAUCAGAGGAGUCUGCCUGCCUGCCAUCAGAGGAGUCUGCCUGCCUGCCAUUAGAGGAGUCUGCCUGCCUGCCAUUAGAGGAGUCUGCCUGCCUGCCUGCCAUCAGAGGAGUCUGCCUGCCUGCCAUCAGAGGAGUCUGCCUGCCUGCCUGCCUGCCUGCCAUUAGAGGAGUCUGUCUGCCUGCCUGCCUGCCAUUAGAGGAGUCUGUCUGCCUGCCUGCCUGCCAUUAGAGGAGUCUGCCUGCCUGCCAUUAGAGGAGUCUGCCUGCCUUCCUGCCAUCAGAGGAGUCUGCCUGCCUGCCUGCCAUCAGAGGAGUCUGCCUGCCUGCCAUCAGAGGAGUCUGCCUGCCUGCCAUUAGAGGAGUCUGCCUGCCUGCCUGCCAUCAGAGGAGUCUGCCUGCCUGCCUGCCAUCAGAGGAGUCUGCCUGCCUGCCAUCAGAGGAGUCUGCCUGCCUGCCAUUAGAGGAGUCUGCCUGCCUGCCUGCCAUUAGAGGAGUCUGCCUGCCUGCCAUUAGAGGAGUCUGCCUGCCUGCCAUUAGAGGAGUCUGCCUGCCUGCCAUUAGAGGAGUCUGCCUGUCUGCCUGCCAUCAGAGGAGUCUGUCUGCCUGCCAUCAGAGGAGUCUGCCUGCCUGCCUGCCAUCAGAGGAGUCUGUCUGCCUGCCAUCAGAGGAGUCUGCCUGCCUGCCAUCAGAGGAGUCUGUCUGCCUGCCUGCCUGCCAUCAGAGGAGUCUGCCUGCCUGCCUGCCAUUAGAGGAGUCUGCCUGCCUGCCUGCCUGCCUGCCAUCAGAGGAGUCUGCCUGCCUGCCUGCCUGCCUGCCAUCAGAGGAGUCUGCCUGCCUGCCUGCCAUUAGAGGAGUCUGCCUGCCUGCCUGCCAUCAGAGGAGUCUGCCUGCCUGCCUGCCAUCAGAGGAGUCUGCCUGCCUGCCUGCCAUUAGAGGAGGCUGCCUGCCUGCCUGCCAUCAGAGGAGUCUGCCUGCCUGCCAUCAGAGGAGUCUGCCUGCCUGCCAUUAGAGGAGUCUGCCUGCCUGCCAUUAGAGGAGUCUGCCUGCCUGCCUGCCAUCAGAGGAGUCUGUCUGCCUGCCAUCAGAGGAGUCUGCCUGCCUGCCAUCAGAGGAGUCUGCCUGCCUGCCUGCCUGCCAUUAGAGGAGUCUGUCUGCCUGCCUGCCUGCCAUUAGAGGAGUCUGCCUGCCUGCCAUUAGAGGAGUCUGCCUGCCUGCCUGCCAUCAGAGGAGUCUGCCUGCCUGCCUGCCAUCAGAGGAGUCUGCCUGCCUGCCAUCAGAGGAGUCUGCCUGCCUGCCAUUAGAGGAGUCUGCCUGCCUGCCUGCCAUCAGAGGAGUCUGCCUGCCUGCCUGCCAUCAGAGGAGUCUGCCUGCCUGCCAUUAGAGGAGUCUGCCUGCCUGCCUGCCAUUAGAGGAGUCUGCCUGCCUGCCAUUAGAGGAGUCUGCCUGCCUGCCUGCCAUCAGAGGAGUCUGCCUGCCUGCCUGCCAUCAGAGGAGUCUGCCUGCCUGCCUGCCAUUAGAGGAGUCUGCCUGCCUGCCUGCCAUCAGAGGAGUCUGCCUGCCUGCCAUCAGAGGAGUCUGCCUGCCUGCCAUUAGAGGAGUCUGCCUGCCUGCCAUUAGAGGAGUCUGCCUGCCUGCCUGCCAUCAGAGGAGUCUGCCUGCCUGCCAUCAGAGGAGUCUGCCUGCCUGCCUGCCUGCCAUUAGAGGAGUCUGUCUGCCUGCCUGCCUGCCAUUAGAGGAGUCUGUCUGCCUGCCUGCCUGCCAUUAGAGGAGUCUGCCUGCCUGCCAUUAGAGGAGUCUGCCUGCCUUCCUGCCAUCAGAGGAGUCUGCCUGCCUGCCUGCCAUCAGAGGAGUCUGCCUGCCUGCCAUCAGAGGAGUCUGCCUGCCUGCCAUUAGAGGAGUCUGCCUGCCUGCCUGCCAUCAGAGGAGUCUGCCUGCCUGCCUGCCAUCAGAGGAGUCUGCCUGCCUGCCAUCAGAGGAGUCUGCCUGCCUGCCAUUAGAGGAGUCUGCCUGCCUGCCUGCCAUUAGAGGAGUCUGCCUGCCUGCCAUUAGAGGAGUCUGCCUGCCUGCCAUUAGAGGAGUCUGCCUGCCUGCCAUUAGAGGAGUCUGCCUGUCUGCCUGCCAUUAGAGGAGUCUGCCUGCCUGCCAUUAGAGGAGUCUGCCUGUCUGCCUGCCAUUAGAGGAGUCUGCCUGCCUGCCAUCAGAGGAGUCUGCCUGCCUGCCUGCCAUCAGAGGAGUCUGCCUGCCUGCCUGCCAUGUCAUCAGAGGAGCAGAUCUGUGAAUAAUAAAAAGGGC